AUGCUUUAUUUGCGUGCAAAACGUCAGUCAGUUGCAUCUACGCAUCGCCUGAGCACACCGCGAGUUGCGAACAGUCCCAACCCGCUAGCACGACUGCACUUCGGCAAUGUCAUUUUUCAACACAUCCGCAGAAUAAACAUACCCGAACCAUCACCCACCAUCCCAAAUCCCGCGCUUCAAAACCCGUCAUCGCUUCCCUUGAUGCUCUUCGUAAAGUUCUUGCGAUAG